AUGCCUUUGUUGAAACGAUCCUGCGAAGCCUGCGCUCGUGCUAAGCAAACCGCAGUUUAUCACCCGUACCAGCAGCUCACAUGCGUUGAUAAAGAGGACCGAAGUUUAGGCUUCGAACUGGGAUUAGCUACCACCAUCACUGUACAGUAUUUGGACCGUUGCAGCUCACAUUUUGACAAUCUUCCGAUCCCUGAGAUUGUCCGAUCAUUUGAUGCAAACACGACUCAAAGGCUGGUCAGGAUCCUGCAGAGUUUCCCUGGCGACUUUGCCAAGAGCGGUGCCACAUCAUUUGUUCACCCAGCUCUAUACGACAUGCAGCUGCCCCCUCCGCUGAAGAAAGUUCGUGAUAUUUGCGGGUACUAUCUUAGCCAGAAGGGUCAAUUAACUGGCACGUUACACCGCAUUCUCCAGCUUGAAAUCAAGUUACUAUUACGUCAAGCAAAGCGAGCAAAGUCAUUCAUAGAACUGCUAGCUUGCUCCCAGGCCCUUGUCUUAGCACAGCUGCUUCGCCUUCUCGAAGGUCAAGGCGAGGCUAAUCUGCACGGCGCUGAAAGAGACAACAAACUGAUGCAAACCCUUUCAUACCAGCUAUGGGAGGACGCACCGUCACAUUUACCGGCCGAAAUGAGCGCCUGGAGAGCUUGGGUCUUUGCCGAGAGCGUGCGCCGAACCAUAAUGGUGUGCAGCAUCUUUUUGAUUACCUACGAUGUCCUACGACGCGGACAUGCCUUGCAAGCGCUGUGUGUCGAGGCUUUACCUUUUGAUGUGCGCACCCAGCUAUGGGACGCUGGUACUGCAGAUGACUGGCUGGCUGCGUCAUCGAUAUGCCAGGGGCCAUCUCUCGUGACAAUACAUGAAUUUACGUCUCUGCGGCAGCAGUCAGCAAAUGUCUCUGCAUUUGAGAGCUUGCUGCUUCUUUCAUUCGACCGAGGGCAAAGGGGGACUGCAUGA